GGAGAGGGAGUGGAUACGGAGGGCCGCGAGGUGCAGCGUUAAUCCCGAGAGCAGAAAGAAGGGCCAGGAAGGCGCCGUUGAUUCUGUUCCUUUGCGUCAAAUCCGUGUGUCGCUACCUCUUGAUCUCUGCCCCGAGUCCCCAGCGCGGGGUCCCGCGUCAGCCUUCCUUUGAGGUUCGCAGGUGGCGGCUGCCACCCCUCGCGGAAGUGAGGGGCGCGCCCCUCCUGGGCCCUGCGGACCCCUAGUCUCCAUGGGCCGGACCCGGAAGGCCAAUGUGUGCCGCAGGCUGAGUCGCCGGGCUCUGGGCUUCUAUGCACGCGACGCAGGCGUGGUGCAGAGGACGAACCUGGGCAUCCUGCGGGCGCUGGUGUGCCAGGAGAGUACUAAAUUUAAGAAUGUUUGGACAACUCAUUCCAAGUCACCUAUAGCCUAUGAGAGAGGAAGAAUAUAUUUUGACAAUUACCGGUGCUGUGUCAGCAGUGUUGCAUCAGAGCCAAGAAAACUUUAUGAAAUGCCAAAAUGUUCCAAAUCAGAAAAAAUUGAGGAUGCUUUAUUAUGGGAAUGCCCAGUGGGAGACAUACUUCCUGACCCAUCAGACUAUAAAUCCUCACUCAUAGCCCUGACUGCUCAUAAUUGGCUGCUUCGUAUAUCCGCAACUACAGGGGAAGUCCUGGAGAAAAUAUACCUUGCUUCCUACUGCAAAUUCAGGUACCUGAGCUGGGACACACCUCAGGAGGUCAUCGCAGUGAAGUCGGCUCAGAACAAAGGCUCCGCAGCGGCUCGCCAGGCAGGCACUUCACCACCCGUUUUGUUGUACCUCGCAGUGUUCCGGGUUCUGCCCUUUUCACUUGUAGGGAUUCUAGAGAUCAACAAAAAGGUUUUUGAGAAUGUCACAGAUGCUACCUUGUCACAUGGAAUCCUGAUUGUGAUGUACAGCUCGGGACUAGUCAGACUCUACAGCUUCCAAGCCAUCAUCGAACAGUUCAUGCAACAGAAACUUGACUUAGGGUGUGCAUGCAGUCAGGGCGGGACUACUGGGACUGUAGGAGAGGCUCCUUUUGGCAUUCCUUGUAAUGUUAAAAUCACAGACUCACCACCUCCACUCUUUGAAGUUUCAUCUCUGGAGAACGCAUUCCAGAUUGGAGGCCAUCCUUGGCACUACAUCAUCACGCCUAAUAAGAAGAAACAGAAAGGAGUUUUUCAUAUUUGUGCCCUAAAAGAUAAUUCUUUGGCAAAAAAUGGAAUCCAAGAAAUGGAGUGCUGUUCAUUAGAAUCUGACUGGAUCUAUUUCCACCCUGAUGCUUCUGGAAGAAUAAUACAUGUUGGCCCAAACCAAGUCAAAGUCUUGAAGCUAAGUGAGGUAGAAAAUGAUAGUUCUCAGCAUCAGAUCUCUGAAGAUUUUGUCAUUUGGGCUAAAAGAGAAGACAGAAAGGAAAAUUUAAUCACCGUUACAGCUUCUGGACGUGUGGUGAAAAGAAAUGUCAGCCUUCUGGAUGAUGACCCAGAACAAGAGACUUUCAAAAUCGUGGACUAUGAAGAUGAGUUGGACUUACUUUCCGUAGUAGCUGUCACUCAAAUAGAUGCUGAAGGAAAAGCUCACCUGGAUUUCCACUGUAAUGAAUAUGGAACCUUACUCAAAAGCAUCCCACUAGUGGAGUCAUGGGAUGUGACAUAUAGCCAUGAAGUCUACUUUGACAGAGAUUUGGUGCUGCACAUCGAACAGAAGCCCAACAGGGUCUUCAGCUGCUAUGUUUACCAGAUGGUCUGUGACCCUGGAGAAGAGGAGGAAGCUGUCAACAGAAGUGGUUAAGACAUUGGAGUACUGGGAUCCAACCCAGGACAUGCCAAGCGAGCCCAGUGCUACUGCAUUCUCUUAGACCAAGCUCAUCUUUAUAAGUCACAUUGGAUGAACAGGCUGCUGUAGGUUUAAAUUUUUCUCCACCCCACCUUUUAUAAUGGUUCUUAAAUGCUUUAGCCUCCCUUCUAGCGCAGCACCCAACAGAGGUAGUGGAAAAGAAAGGUUACUAGGAUACAGGAGAAAGUGGACCUGUUUAGAAAUUGAUCUUUGGAGCAAAUCCCAUCUGCAUUGUCAGAAGAUCAGCAGUUCAGUUUACAGGAGCGAGCAGCAGCGGCUUGAUCCACUUGCAAAUACUUCACGGAUAUGCCAGCAGUCCAAUGCAGUAGUGUUGGGAUAGCACAACCUAGCAGGAAUAGUCAGGCCUCAGCCGAAUCGGCUCAGGGAUGCCAGGAGAAGUUCUUUGCCAUGGCUCUCAAUGAAGCAAGAUCAAGAACCAUUGCAGAGCUAGCUAUGCCAGCCAGCCAAGCUCCUGUCGCUGUCUGUUGAGUCCUAGUUAUACUCCCUCCAAACAUCACGUGUCCCCCAUGGAUCUUGCCUCAGCACGGCAAGUCUGUCUGUCUCCCCUGACAUUGCCCUGCCAAUCACCCAAGUCUGAGGGAGCAAGAAGCUGCCAGCACACCACCAGAACUUUCCUGGUGUGUUUCUCUCCAUGGCGUCACGACAAAUGGAGCUCAACGACACAUGUAAGAUGAACUAAUACGUGCAUGUUGUUAGCAAAGAACCCUUCAUCACUCGUCCUUUCACGUGUCUGCUUUAACAAACAUCUUUUCAUUCGUGUCUGCUUCAGGAAACCACUCCUGCAUGUGUUUGCCCCAGCAAACACCACCCAACACAACUGACUUCCCAAAGAACCCUUAAGUUUCCACUUCAGGCUGUUAUCUCUACAAUUAAAGGAACCCUGACUAGGACAGAGUAGUGAGAGGCAGAGGGGGCCCAGAUGGGGUAAAGAAAAAUCAGGAGAAAGCUGCUGACCAGCCUCCAGCAGUCAUCCGGGAAUUUUAAAAAGCCCCCUAGCUGGGCAUACAUCCCUGGAACCCAGCACUUGGAAAGUGAAGGCAGGAGGAUCAGGACUUCAAGGGCAGCCUUGGCUAUAGGAAACCAAGUCUGCUUCAACCACACAUAACACAACAACAACAACAAAAAUCUCCCUCUUAAGGCUCAUCAGAGAAGGUGGUAGUUUCUGCUUCUAGUACCUUCUAACCAAUAACAGCUCCUCUUCCUCAUUUGCUUUUUUUUUUUUUUUUUUUUUUUUUUUUAGCAUGAGUUAUUUUGUUAAAUGGAUGUUAGCUUUGUUCCUUCUGUGUCGUUCAGGCCUGGUAGUAAAUGAAUCAAUUAAAGACACAGAACCCAGUCGAGUCACCCAUUGCUGACAUCAUGAGCAGGCUCCACUCUGGGUAGCUCACCCACCCUCUGGAACUCACAAGAUGGCCACUGAGGAGCAGCUUCAGCUUGGCCCCUCCAGGCGCUGACCUCGAAAACAAUGACUGGUGGCCGGCAAGGUACAGAGCAACUCUCAUCUUCCUUCCCUGAUGUGGGGAUUGGAGAGUGUGGGGAUGUAUGUGGGCAUGCGAGGCAGGCAAAGAUAUUCCUUGUUUAUUCCUUUCAAUCUACUGCAAUGUUAUCAGUUGCCCUGGUAAUGGGCUUGUCAUUGUUGUUUGUGGUUUGUUUGUUGGGUGGUUUUAUUUUGUUUUGUUUUGGAGAUGUGGUGUCAUGGAGCCCAGACUGACUUCAAACUCAGUAACUCACAAUGUAACCCAGAUGACCUUCAAUUUCUGCCUCUACCUCCUAAGUGCUAGGACUAUAGGUGUGUCACUCAGGUUUCACAAAGUGCUGGGAAUCAAACCCAGGGCCUCACUCAUGCUAGCCAAGCACUCAACAAACUAAGGUACAUCUCUAGCUCCUAGCAUCUUCCUUCCUUCCUUCCUUCCUUCCUUCCUUCCUUCCUUCCUUCCUUCCUUCCUUCCUUCCUUCCCUCCCUCCCUCCCUCCCUCCCUCCUUCCUUUCCUGCUUUCCUUUUUUUCUUUUUCCCAUUUUUUAAUCUCUUCCUACUUUCCCACUUCUCUCUCUCUCUCUCUCUCUCUCUCUCUCUCUCUCUCUCUCUCUCUUUGUCUUUUUUAUUUUUAUUUUUCCCACCCCCCCCCUUUUUUUUUAAACACUAGCCUGGAAUUCUGUGUAGCCCAGGCUAGCCUUGAGCUCAUGUCAAUCUUCCUGCUUCACCCUCACAAAAACAGAGAUUGCAGGUAUAAGCUAUUAUGCCAAAAAUCUCAUUUCUUUUUAAAAAUAUUAUUUUCAUUGUAUAUGCAUGGAUGUUGUGUCUGCAUGUACUUCUGUGGACUGUGUGUAUGCCUGGUUCCUAAGAAGGCCAGAAGAGGAGGUUGGAUCCCCUGGAACUGAAAUUAACAGAUGGUGGUGAGCCACCCACCGUGUGUGCUGGGAAUCAAAUCUGGAUCCUCUGGAAGAGCCAGCACUCUGUACUGCUGAGUCAGUUCAUCUCCCCAGGCCUGAUCUCGUUCCUUUCAUGACCUGAGACAGAUGCUAGGGAAAAGCCUUGACAGAGUCAAGCAUCUGGUUUUAAUACUAACUUUGCUGCUGCUUAUAAACAUUUGUUGAAUAAGUAAACAGAUUGUUUCAGUAACAUUCUGGGUAGGAGGGGAUGCUGAGACCAACCUAGGAUCUCCACCACUCAGCACCGGGCUUUUAUUUUGCUCAGACAUCCUUCCGCUGCCUUUUCUUUUUGGUUUGGUUUUGUUUUUUGAGACUGAGUUUCAUGCAUUCCACAUUGACCUCAAACUCACUAAAUUGCUAAAGGUGACCUUGAACUCCUGAUCUUCCUCCCUUCCUCUCUUAAGUGCUGAGAUUACAGCAUGUACCACCACAGCGGAUCCAUACCAAUGUCUUUGAUGACUUAAGUAUCCUGAGGAGAUCUCUUUAUCUCACUAUAGAAAAAUCGUUGUGGAAGCUGUCUCCUUAUGAUCAGUGAAGAACUAAGUUUUUCCCUAUUAAAUCUCUUCAAAACAUCAUACUAAUAAUGGAAUACUGUGAUGCUAAUGGUAAUUGGGAAAAGAAUAGUGGAGCCAGUCUGAGAUGGAGAGGAGUCUCACAAACCUUUGAACACGCCCUCAAGGAUCUAGGACAUCUCACUAGUCCCUACCUUGUUAAGACUCAUGAUACCUCCUCAAAACACUGUCCUGGGGGGCAAGCCUUUUGUUGGGGGCACUCUUUCCAUGCUUAAAUCAUUGUAACUAAGAUUAGCAAUCCCAGAAGAAUAAACACAAAUACAUUUCAUAUACGUGACAAAUGUCUGUUCACCAAGAAACACAAAGUACAAUGUUAUACUUUGAAUAUGCUCGUGUUGAAGGUCUGGUGCCUUGUUGGUUGAUCCAGUCAUUGAGAGGUGAUUAGCUCAUACAGAUUCUGACUCAAUGGUUUAAUCUCUUAAUGGGUUUAUAAUAUGAUGGCAUACUGGGAAGUGGUGGAAAGAAGUAGGCAGGACUAAGUUGAAGGAAGUCAGUCUCUUGUGGACAUGCCCUGGAAAGAUAUCCUCACGCCUCUCCCUUCCCCUCCCCCUCCCCCUCCCCCUCCCCCUCCCUCUCCAUCUCCAUCUCCGGCUACCCACCCUCCCAGAUGAGCAGCUUUGAGCAGCUUUGCCCUACCCUCCUCUCCACCAUAAUGUUCUGCCUCACCAUAGCGCCCCCUACCCCCAGUGGAGUCAGCCAAUCGUGGAGAGACUCUGACAUGAGUCUAUGUAAAUGCUGCUUUCUCCUUUUAAACUGGUCCUCCUCUCCUACACACACACACACACACACACACACACACACACACACACGUAUUUGUCUCAGUGUCAAAAAGCUUGUUGAUACAUGAAAUGAGAUGUCACGUUAUGUCCUACAGGGAAGCAUGGAGGUAGCCUUGACCCAGCUGCCUUGAGAGGCAUGCAUCAUAGGUUUUCCAGGUUGGAAUCUGUGGCUCCUGGGGCCACUGUGUUCCCUCAGGCAGUAAGGGCUGCUCUGUAUCUCUCCAUAGGUCCUCUUGGAAGUCCAGGAAGCAUGGAAGCUCACAGGACCGUGGGCCUUAGACAUUAAUCUUGCAAACCCUGUAGCUUUCAAACAUCAUUUUAUCCUGGCAGUUGCCACUAUAUUCUGUUUCUGAUAAGGAUAUAACAAGGCCGAUUGCUCUCAAUAAACUUGCCUCUGUCUUGGUGCAGCCCCCUCCAGCCCUACCCUGGUUUAAUUUCUCCCUGGCCAUCACAGGUAACCUUGGCCUAGUAAGCAGCUUAGCAGCUCACAAUGUCCAUCAACUUAUUUAAAAAACACCUUUAAAAUAGAGAACAGUAACACACUGCACUGAGCAUAGUGGGAAGGACCACCAUGGUUUAGUUAUAGUAAAAGUGCGACAAUCUUUUGUGAGACAGCUUAUCUAUUUGAUUUUAAUCUAGCAAUUUCAAUUUAGAAAUUUGCCUCGAAAAGUACCCGGAAAUAUAUAAAGAUAAUUAUGAAGGCAAUUUUAGAAUAGUAAAAAUCUACAAGUACUAAUGUUGAUGUCAACAAUAAGCAAUGCACUAACUAAACCAUCAGGAUAGCGGCAUCUGUAAGCGAGGCCGUGACCUAAGCUGCUUGAGUUUGAAUCAUGGUCAUUUCCUUGCUGUAAGCACUCUCUUCCUUAUGGUCUGGUUUUCUCACCUAUAAAAUGGGAAGGCUAUAAGCAUUAAACCGACGCAAACAUGCAUCUGAUAUGUACUAAGGGGUGCAUACCCAGUCACAAUUUUCAUAGUGAACACAGAUCGCCCAGUGGUCUGCAUGAGAGCCAUGCGUCGUGCUGUAUUAGUACAGGGAAAGAGAGGGCUGAUUCCUCCCUCAUCUGGGGCUUUGGCAAGGAGGUAUUAAAAAGGGGGGGGGGUCAAAAGAAGGAAAGCUGUAGCAGCCAACAGCCCGGCUGAGGCUCUGGCCAGGCCCUGAGUGCCGACUGCAUGCCAAUCACCAUCCAUAAACAAAAACCAAUCAAUGGAGAAGUAGAUUUUUUUUCUUCCAUUGGGAGUGUGCGUCAGGGCAGCUCAGAUUCCACAGCCUGGAUUAGGAAGGGUGAGGAAGAUACAACACUUUCCUAGGCUGGUUUUCUAAGAUCAUUCACACGUUUGUCUGUCUGUUUAUAUACUCCUGUCACAUCAGAAUGGUAACCGGACUUUGUAAGACAGGGAUCUGAUUUACUUGAUUGCCUUCCAAUGGCUGACAGGCAGGUCCACUAUAUAGAUUUUGUUUUGUUUUGUUUUUUUGUUUUUUUGUUUUUCGAGACAGGGUUUCUCUCUAUAGCCCUGGCUGUCCUGGAACUCACUUUGUAGACCAGGCUGGCCUCGAACUCAGAAGCCGCCUGCCUCUGCCUCCCAAGUGCUGGGAUUAAAGGUGUGUGCCACCACGCCCGGCCACUAUAUAGAUUUAAUAGCAGAAAUGAACCUUAGAACUUGUGUGUGCCCAGGGGCUCUCAACCAUCUGUGUAACAGGGACUCCUUCACAAGUUAAUAAGGCCUUGCCCUCAGAAUAUCAUUUUAAAGUGCAUUCAAGGACCCAAAUUCAAAGCUAUCGGAAACCAGUCACAUUGAAGUUACUAACAUAUUAAAGAGAAAAAUAAAUUUGUGAUGUAAUAAAGUAUCUGUUGGCAUUGUUUCAGUAGUAAGAUCUAAUUAUAAUUCUCAGCAGUAAUUAAUGUUGAUUUGAAAAAAGGACUGAAUACAGAUGUCAUCUGUGAAAAUCCUAUGACAUAAAAGUAUCAGUUGUAACUUAGAGUUAUCUAUUGCAAAUACAAGUGUUUCCAACCCUCGGUAUUAAAGACCUUGCUCAAAUUCAUUUAGAAGUUAAUACAAACAAAAAUGCUUUCCCUGUCUCUGUUUUGUUCACAUUUACCAGGUUAAGACUCUAAAUAAUACUAAACUUCUCCUGCUCCUGGUUAACAAAUUACAGCCCAGUUUUUGGUCCCUGUGCAUGUCAAGCUCAAGUGGCUCGUCCCAAACUUCUUCCUGUUGUCUACCUGGAACCUCAAGGACUGAGGCUUGUAUAUAAAGAACAUUUAAGUGAUGGGCGCCUGCCCCUUGCCUGGGCAAAGUGGGAGAGCUAGCCUGGGGGUGCGGGAGAGCCAGUGGGCUAACCAACUGAUCUACCACCCAGGCCCAGAUCCAGGGCUUUGAGUUGUCCCACCCUAACAUCCAUCCCAUCUAUGAACUGUUGGAGUGCGUGAAGGGGCCAGUCCUGCAGAUCCAAAGCUGCAUGACCUCCAAGACACUGGACAACAAGAGGGUAUCCGAGAGGAGUCCUGGUGAGCAUUCUGUAUUGAUAGUGUAGCGGACUCACUGCAAUGAACAUUUGCAAGUAGUGUAGACUGAGAGGUAUAGCGUGUGACACACCACAACACACUAUAGCUUCCACUGUGAGUUUUUUUUUUAAUUUUUACUUUUAAUCUCUCUUUUUCUUUUGCGGGGGGGGGGUUGCAAGGGUGAAGGACAGAUACAGAGGCAUGAUCGGGUUUGGGGUGCAUGAUGUGAAAGUCACAAAGAAUCAAUAGAAAGUUUUUAAAAACAUGAUGCGAGCCACGUUAUUUCGGAACAAAAGUAAAGUUUGGAGGAACGGGGAGAUGGCAUUGUCAGCAAAACAUGGAGACCUGAGUUCAGUAACUAGCGCCCAUAGGAAAAAAAA